AUUUGGCUUCUUUGCUGGCAGAAGCAGCAGUCGCAGAGCACAAGCUCCACGGGAACCACGCGCGACGGCAUUGGAUUCGGACCAACUUUGGCCGACACGAACGCAACCAAAACAAAAGACAUCCGAACCGGUGGAAGUGCGAGUUCGACUGUUGCCCUGUGUUCGCUCUUAUCAGCUGGAGUAGCAAUAUCGGAACCACCGUUCCCAAAAAAAAGAAAAAAGAACGAAUCCGAACUAAUUCGAUUUGCAGUUGGUCCUCUUCCGGACACCAUGAGCAAAGCCAAGUCAACCACCCACGAGCCGACGAUACACUACUUGGACAGCGUGCUGAGCGAUGAGGAGAAGCGGUGCGCCUAUGGCCACCAGUGGCGCAACUUCUCCAUCUCCCGAUCCGGACGCUUUCGUUCGAAGAACAAGAAGCGGGAUGCGGUCGACGGAAAGUUCUUUGACGGAGGAUCAGGAUCUCUGCAGGACAUCGAGAAGGUCUCAAAUUGCACUUCGAAAAGCACAUCCAAGUGCGUCGCCCCUGCGACAGGACCGAUGACGCCUUCAGCUAAUCAGGCAAGAAGCCAACGUGACCAGGUUGAGAGCUAUAAAAGUGUUUACGAAACGAAUUUAUAGAUCUUUAAUAUGUAUUUCCAUUACUUAUCAUGCACAUGUAUAUAAAUUAGCAUGACGCCUUUUUUAUCAGAUUGAGAGCACAAAGAGAAUAAGACGCAGUAAUAUAGUGGACUUAUUGCACUACAGGUUUCCUAUGCAGAGCAUAUUAAGGCAUAUUUCUCAUAUGAGCACUCUCUGUUUAUGCUUAGAUCAAUUGUAAUUAAGUAAAAUGAAAAUAUUUGACAUUCUAGCUUGCUUAUUGUUAAAGUAUUAAAAAGUGAUAAUUGCACUAAUUCCUAUGCAUAUUUAUAAGUUUAUAGCUAUAUAAUUGUACGUCUUACUGAAUUGAAAAUGAUUACACUUAAAUAAGAUCAAUAAAGAACCAGGUUCGAUUUAAAAGUCC